AUGGCUGAGCGGAAAAAGGCCAAGUCGGAAACAAACAAGAGCGGAAAUGGAGUAAUCGUCGGAACAACUCGUUGGCAAAUUGUUCCUAUGGAUCCUGACUUUGAAAUAUUUGACUCUUCGUCAUCUGAGGAGGAGGAGGAGAUAAUUUUAGCUCUUGCUAUUGAAGAAGAACGCUUGGCCAAAGUCGAAGCAUAUGAACCAUAUUUCGUCCAAAGAAGAGAUGCUGCUAAAAGAUUGGGUCAUUCCUCGCUUCAAAAAAUAACUGCUGCAAUGAGAAUAUUAGCUUAUGGAGUCUCUGGAGAUUUUGUAGAUGAAUACUUGCGGAUUGCAAAAAAUACAGCAACCGAGUGUUUGAAAAUUUUUGUUAAGGCUAUCAUUGGCAUAUUCUCCCAUGAAUACUUAAGAUCCCCAAAUGAGAACGAUAUAGCUAGAUUGUGCGCAGUUGGAGAUAGUCGUGGGUUUCUUGGGAUGUUAGGAAUUAUUGAUUGCAUGCAUUGGAAAUGGAAAAAUUGUCCAAGUGCUUGGAAAGGAAUGUAUUGUGGUCAUAUUCACGAGCCAACUAUAAUUUUAGAAGCUGUAGCGUCAUAUGACCUCUGGAUAUGGCAUGUAUUUUUUGGAUUGCCAUGCUCCUAUAAUGAUAUUAAUGUCCUAGAACACUCUUCUAUUUUUAGAGAGCUUGCUGAAGGACAUGCUCCAAAGGUCAACUACUCAAUAAAUGUAAAUGACUAUUCGAUGGGCUACUAUCUUGCCGAUGGUAUAUAUCCUUCAUGGUUGACGUUUGUCAAAACAAUUCAUGCUCCACAUGGCCCUAAAAGUAAACAUUUUGCAGCAACUCAAGAAUCAGUAAGAAAAGAUGUAGAACGAGCUUUUGGAGUGCUUCGAACUCAAUUUGCUAUUGUACGUGGACCGGCACGAUUUUAUGAUCGAAAAACACUUAAGGAGAUUAUGAUGGCAUGUAUUAUUUUGCAUAAUAUGAUCGUUGAAGACGAGCGACAUACUUAUCUUCGAGUAGAAGACUUUGGUUAUGAACAAAACGAUGAAAUAACCGAAGAGCCUAUGUCCCAUGAGCAUACAAAUGAAUUUGUAAACUUCAUUCAACGCCAUCAUCACAUUCGAGAUUGA